CCCCACGUGUCUGCCGCCUAGGGGAGGUGCCUCAUCCGGAGCGGGCCGCCAACGGUCCGGCCCCGUCCGCACAGAGGCUCCUGUCGGCAGCGCCCGCGAGCGGCUCGGCUGCCCGAUGCUUCCGCCCCGGCUGCCGCGGGCCGGGCUGUACGCUUAGUGCCCGGCUCAAGCCCCCUGAAGCGCCCGCGGGGGUGAGAGCGGCCUCCGGCCCCGCGGAGACGGAGCGGCUUGAGGACGAGGCGGCGGCCGCGGGGAGGAGGAUGGGGGCUAACCAGUUAGUGGUGCUCAACGUGUACGACAUGUAUUGGAUGAACGAAUAUACCUCAUCCAUUGGAAUUGGAGUUUUUCAUUCAGGAAUUGAAGUCUAUGGCAGAGAAUUUGCUUAUGGUGGCCAUCCUUACCCCUUUUCUGGAAUAUUUGAAAUUUCCCCAGGAAAUGCUUCUGAACUAGGAGAAACAUUUAAAUUUAAAGAAGCUGUUGUUUUAGGGAGCACGGACUUCCUAGAAGAUGAUAUAGAAAAAAUUGUAGAAGAACUGGGAAAAGAAUACAAAGGCAAUGCUUAUCAUUUAAUGCAUAAAAACUGCAAUCAUUUUUCUUCAGCUUUAUCAGAGAUUCUUUGUGGGAAAGAGAUUCCUCGCUGGAUCAAUCGACUCGCCUACUUCAGCUCCUGUAUACCCUUUCUACAGAGUUGCCUCCCGAAGGAGUGGCUCACGCCCGCAGCCCUGCAGUCUAGUGUCAGCCAAGAGCUCCAGGAUGAACUGGAGGAAGCAGAGGAUGCUGCCGCAUCCGCUUCCGUGGCAAGCACUGCAGCAGGCUCCAGACCCGGGCGCCACACUAAACUAUAAAUGUCUCCAAAGUCACACAUUCAGAACUGUCUCUGGCAGUCGAAUAUCACUAGAGAAAAGUAAACAGAGAAGCAUCCUUUAGAUAUUUUGUAUGCAAAGAUGGCUCUCCCCCAAAUCCCAGUUUUUCAGCUCAGGAUUAUAUUUGUAAUCAAAAAAAAAAUCACUUGGCGCAGGAGGGAGAACUUUGUAAGAAGCUGCCCUCUGUUUUUUUAUCCACUCGGAAAUCUGGAUUUACUUCUUCUGUUUUAUACAAGCUCUGUUAAGUUAUGUUUACAGUAUUUUGUAUCGCCGUUUACAAAUCUUGCAUGGACUCCUGCCACCGUGAAAGAAGAAAAUCUUCAUGUCUUCAAAAAUUAGGCAGGUAAUCUUUGUAUACUUCUGACAAUUGCCAGAUCUAUGGCAUAAAUAGGCACACAAAAAGGUACUUAAACAGUUAUAGUCACCAUCACCUGCUUAAGAACGGUCUUUUAGAUUUGUGUUUGUUUUGUUAAAGUUGUUGGCACCAGGAUGCAGAGAAUCAGACUGGCCUGAGGUGAAGGAGCACACAGCCCUGAGGGCUUGGAACCCUGGGUCCAGUUCCUCUUCACACCCCCUUCCACUCUGAGUAGCACAUCUCCCCAGGUGCCCAUGGAACAUCUGCUUUCAUCCCAAAUAUCCGUCCACCUAGGCGGGGUGGUCUGUUCCUACGUCUCUGACUUUGAUGCCACUCAUUCUGUAGUUUAGCUGUUUUUCGUUCAAGGUAUUCUUGGUAGUAACUGACAAGUGUGUUGCACAUGCAUUGGGGGAGGGGCUUCAUUUUUAUUUUAAUACACAUGUAUUUCCUCCUUGCACAGGAUUUUGAUGGUGUGGGAAUAUCCUAAGUGGUAGCCUUCCAAGUAGCAGUGAGUUGAUAUUCAACUGCUUUUAACUAUUCAGGCUACCUUUUAUACUAAACCUUGAAAACUAGAAUCUAACGUCUACCCCAAAAAAGUAGUUCUUUGAUAUUUUAUACUCUAUGUACCAUGUCGGCGUUUGUCAUGGGAGUCAUUUCACAUCAUAAUAGAAUGCCUAGUCUCAUUGCCCAGUCGUUAAAAAGUCAUAUUUGUGUGUCUUAAGAUUCAUAUUUAUAUGUUCUCUCAAAUGUAUGUCUCACGUAACAUACUCUAAGAAUGAAAUUGUCACCACAGAUAAAUCCUUGUUAGCAAGGAAUCUGUCUGCUCCAGUCUACUCCUAGUUUGACCCUUGGAAGUAAGAACCAAGUCAUUACAUGUCAAAUUCAAUUUUUCUGCCUUAAGAAUGAAUGUCCUACGUAAAAUAUUGGAUGUAGUGUAAAAUUAUCCAAGGCAGUGACUUCAGCUUUAUAUAUAUAUAAAAUAUAGUUAGUUUUAAAGUUACUGACAUUUAUUUAAACUUUUAGAUUGGAUUGUUUGCUAUUGCUCUGUGUGGGGAUACAUAAUCUUUCAGUAAACUAUAUUUUUAACUUUUC